AUAAAGAGUAUUGAGUCACUAUUGAGAAAAGUGUUUUUUUAUAAAGAGUAUUGAGUCACUAUUGAGAAAAGUGUUGGUUGUGUAACUUUCUUGUUUGAGGUAUCUUAUUAAAUGUCCUAACACUACAAACAAUAUAGACUGCAUGCUAAGACAAAAUUAACACAGCUAAGAAAAGAGACUUUAUACUUGUUACUAAAAAUCUCCUUAAUUCCUUUCAAAUUCUUCUGAUGCGGUCAUGCUUUCUGGAGAAACUGCCCAUGGAAAGUAAAUGAACUGUGAACUUGGCUCAUUCACUGAUCAAUGAUCAAUAGCUUUCUUAUUUAUUUUUUACAGUACUUGGGUGGACUUAUAGCAUAAACUGUAACUAAGAGCUAAUUUGGAACUUACUUUUUGUGCUAACUGUGUUAUAUUCUAAAGUGGGUUAUCUUUCGUGUAAAAGGAAAUACUAAUGGAGGCAAGAGCAGAAUUGAAGCAUUAUGUUUUAGCUCCUUCUCUAACCUGGUGGUGCUACACUCUUUGUUAAAGAGUUUAGGCUUCUGAAUCUUAGGAAGAAAUUUAUAGUAGUUUAUUUGGUUAGUUUGGGUAUUUAAAGUAUUUAGUUUAUUUUUGGUAUUUAACUUUGUUGGUGCUGUUUGUCAUUAGAUAUUUUGGAUUAUUCAGAGUCAAAUCAGAUUAAGAGCAUUGUUUUAUUAUUUGUUGUGGUUCUUCAUAAAUCUGGUAUCAAAGCAAACACUCAUAUACCAUGAAGGUUCUCUUAUUGGCUUCCUCUUAACAAAAAUCAUAAACCAAUAGUAAAUUUUUGUGCUCAAAACAGAACCAAAUGAAGGUUCUCUUAUUAGUUUGACUCUAAUGCUGGCCUUGCAGAAAAAUUUGCAUGCAAAACAUGUGCACUAGACUAGUCAGAACAUAUAUAUAUUGUUUUAUGACUAUUAUUGAUUUUUUAUUUGUAAAAGUUAAAAUUAAAAUAUUUCAAUAGAAUUUUUGAAUGAAUGUGAAAAAAAAAGUUUAAAAAUCGGUUCAAACCGAUCGAACCGAACCGAACCAAAUCGGUUCGAUUCGAUUCAGUUAUUCCUCUUAUUCGGUUUGGUUUGUGUAAAAUACUACAAUUCGGUUUUCGGUUUGGUUCGGUUUUGAAUCGAACCGACCGAAUGCUCACCCCUAGCGACAUCUCCCACUUUCCAGUCGGAGACAACUCUUCCCUCUCCUCUGUCAGCAUCGGCAACAUCUCCUUCUCUCUCCCCAGUCGGUGACAUCUACUCUUUCCAAUUUACGCUUCUCUCCCCCACUUCACUGACGAGACGACUGUCGGAGACAACCCUUGCCUCUCCCCAAUCGGCAUCGGCGACAUCUCCUUUGACUGGAACUCUCUUCAGAGUAUCUAGGGUUUAGCAGAUAGGCAAGAGAUGCUGUACAUAAUAGGUCUAGGAUUGGGAGAUGAGAAGGACAUCACAUUAAGAGGCCUAGAAGCUGUGCAGAAAUGUGAGAAGGUGUACAUGGAAGCUUACACUUCUCUCCUCUCUUUUGGUCUCUCCACUGAUGGACUUUCCACUCUGGAAAAUUUAUAUGGGAAACCAAUUACCAUUGCUGAUAGAGAGAUGGUAGAAGAGAAGGCUGACGAUAUAUUGUCAUCAGCUCGUACAUCUGAUGUGGCUUUCCUUGUUGUUGGAGAUCCUUUUGGAGCUACAACACAUACAGAUCUUGUUGUUCGAGCAAAGGAAUUGGGUGUUGAUAUCAAAGUGGUACACAAUGCUUCUGUGAUGAAUGCUGUAGGGAUUUGUGGAUUACAGUUAUAUUGCUAUGGAGAGACUGUUUCCAUCCCUUUUUUUACUGAUACAUGGAGACCUGAUAGCUUUUAUGAAAAGAUUAAAAGAAAUCGUGAACUAGGAUUGCAUACACUUUGUUUAUUGGAUAUAAGAGUAAAGGAACCUUCUUGGGAAUCCUUGUCCAGAGGAAGGAAGAAGUAUGAACCCCCUAGAUACAUGACUAUAAACACUGCAAUUGAGCAACUCUUGGAGAUUGAGGAAAGACGUGGGGAAUCUGCAUACAAUGAAGAUACUAGAUGUGUUGGCUUUGCUCGGUUGGGAAGUGAGGAUCAAAUGAUAGUUACUGGAACAAUGAAGCAACUGCUGGCAGUUGAUUUUGGAGCACCCUUGCAUUGUCUUGUAAUUGUGGGGAAGACCCAUCCCCUAGAAGAAGAAAUGCUGGACGUUUACAAACUCGAAGGAGGGAGUCCACACCAAAAAGAUGAUGGAAGUGUAUAAUGUUUCUCUAAGAGAAAUAUGUUUUGUGUCUGAUAUUUUGUCUUGUUGAAGAAGAAAAUUUUCCCGGCAUCUCAUUCAGCUUAGUGUUUAAUGUGCAUGGUGCAUUUACAACUUGUUGGUGGAGAGAGGAUUAAGUACCUCAUUUGCAUUUUCUACUGGCCACUACUGUUGAAAAGUUGUGCAGGAAGAGGAGAUCCAUUUUUCGCUUGCAUGAGGAGCCAAGCGAACUCCUCCACUCCAGACGUAAUGCAACAUUCACUCAAUAUCCUAUGUGCAUUUAGAAAGAAAUAUAUAUUUAUCCUCAAAAUUUAUAGCUGGAGAGAGUCUGUGCGUCGGUAUGCAUGUCAAUCAAAGCUACUGUACCAUGAAAGAUUUAUUUGUAUGGCUUCCCUCAGUUUUUUCUGGUAGUGAGUAGCCACACUUAGGUUGAGGGAUCAGUUCUUGCUGGGUUUGUAAUACAUUCAUUAUCUUUACUCUUUCAAAGGUGGCUUAGACUUUAAUUAAGAAAUCUUUGAGACUGUUGGCCUGUUUCCGAUCGAAA